AUGAACGCUUCCUCGUCGAACCAGACCAACGGUCUAUCCGGACUGUCCACCACAUCGGCCUCCUCCUCGUCCCUCGCCUCUCAGAAUCAGCAGCACUUCUACCACGCUACUGCUCCUGCUCGGACGACGGCAGCCCAGUCUUCGUCUCUAGACAGUCAUCUCAAGGACUUUACUCUUGUCGCCGAGGCUGCCAAGCGCGCUCAGAUGGCUGUCAUGAUUCGUGACUUUGAGGACUGUGGUCUCUGA